CCAACAAAAUGUUGCCGUGGAGCCUUAAAAGUAAAAGAGAUUAUCUACGGAUGUGCUAACGAUCGCUUUGGCGGUAAAAGCGUACGCGAUGUGCCGCAAGUUUUAGGACAACCAUUGGAAAUGAAAGCCGGGUUACGAGCCGAGGAAGCAAUGGAUUUGUUAAAACAAUUUUACAAAGGUCAAAACUCUUCGGCACCUGUAGCUAAAAGUAAAAGAUAAUUGGACAAUGGAAACUUUCCAUAUUUAUCGAGUAGGACUUUAAUUUCUAGCAAUUAAGCAAUAUUCAACUUUUUUCAUCAGCUACAACUUAACAAGGUCUUUUUGUUUAUUUUUU